AUGAAACAAAUCGGAAAUACUCGAACUGAUACGAAACGUCUCCUUGAUAUAUCGGAAUUUUCAAUUGAAGAUAAUAUGAAUGACGCAUUUCUUGGUUCGCAGAUGGAUCGUGAUGUUCAUCUCUGGUUAAUUGAUGAUAAUAUAUCAAAUUCACUUGUAUAUCAUCCUCGAUCGGCUAUAUUAGACUUUGGUAUUGCUCUUAGUGGUGUUCAUCAACGAUUGAUUCAACGGGUUUUUAUUCAUAAUCAAUCAGGAAAAGAUUUAACUAUAGAAAUAAAUCGGCAAAAUACCGUCGACAAUACAUUCAAUGUGACAGCAGAAAAUUGUUCGGUCAGUGCUGGUGGCAUGUGUGAAUUCGAAGUACUCGAUGUUGAACUCUCAUCUGAGACGAUCGAUUUCGGUUAUGUACCUUGUAGUGCACGUCGAAUUGAAGAGAAGAUAUUUUUGAAUAAUGUAUUACCUUGCCCAGUACGUGUCAAAGCACGACUACAAGCAACUGAAAAGAGGCCUCAUCAAUCAAAAUUAACAAUUAUCGAUGAAGAAAUUGAUUUAGCUGCUGAAUCAAAGUGUCCAUUUGCUCUUGCACUUGAAUCAUGUGCUAAGAAUGAAGAGGAUAUUGAGGCUGAUAUUUCACUUGUAGUUGAUACACGUAAAAAUCUCAAAUGGAUCAAAGUAUUAGCGUAUGUUCGACGCAGUCAUCUAACAGUUCUUUAUCAAAGUCGUAUUAUCAUUGACAACAGCCAAUCCGGUCAUUUAUUAAUAGAAAAUUUUUACAAAGGUGAAAAGCGUCUUAUUCCAAUAGAAUUUUACAACUCUGGCCCUGUUGAAUAUACCCUUUGCCUGACAUCUGAAGAUAAAGGAUUAGUAUUUUCUGUUGCUGAAUUGAAAUUAUCUGCUAGCGAGAGAAAAACGGUACAUAUCGAAGUGCAAAUAUCAACAAAUGUAUCGAGUCAAAUCUUUACUAUCAAUAUCGAAUUCUUGAAUGUUCGUCGUCGAUGUAAAUUAAUAUUAAUGUGUGAAACAGCUACACCUGCACUCGACUAUCAUAUCCCGAAAGCUGAGGAACAACACGUAAUCAUUAUAAAUACUAAAAAUUACAAAAAAGAAAUCUGGAAUCCAAUUCUCAAUGUUCUCAAUCCCGUUAAACAUCAAGUAAUAUUUACUAAUACAGGCAAAGCUGCAGCGACACUUCGUUUCGACCGAGUUCUUGCAGGAGAAAAUCCAUCGUUACUAUUGACGAGUUGUUUCGAUGUCAAACCAAGCAACACUAUUGUUCUACCACAUUCAGACGUUUGCAUUGAUCUCUUUUAUCAUCCAAAAGAUUUUCGUUCAUUCGAUGGUAUUGUUCAAUUCAUUAGCAAUGUAUCAAUUGAUCCGGUUCAUGUUCCGUAUCAUCUAGAAUUUCAUGCACCCAUCGUUUAUACAAGUCCACGAACGGUGAUUGAUAUUGGUGUUAUCCAACUCGGCGCAACAAUCCAAAAGGAAUUACUCACGGUACAAAAUAUUGGACCAGUAGAACUUCGUGCGCACUUUUCUGGGCCAUUUCGUCAGCAUUCAUCGGUGCAAUCAGCUGCUCUAAAAUAUGCAUCGCCUCGAUCGAAUCGUCUUGUAGGCACAGAUGGAUUUGUCAUUAAUUCAAAAAAGAAACGUUCCUUCAGUGUCAUGAUCGAGUUUAACUCAAUUGGCACAUCACUUUUAUCAAACGUAGUCACUCUUUGUGGCUUUGAAUUGAUUACUCAAAAUGAUCCCGUUAUCAACAUACAAGGGGUGUUGGUCGAACGUAAAAUAAUGAUUUGUGUUAUUGGACAUGCACAGCCAUUACUACCACUUGUCCCAUACAUUGAAUCUAAAUGUAAACCAUGGUCAUCGCUAAGAACUUUGUCACCAUCCUGGCUUCAAUCUAUCUAUGCGGAUCAUCAUGUGUAUGAGAAGUACGCUUCUUUGAUAGUAUUCACUGCCAUCGGUCAUGUUUGUGGUUCUCAACGAACUAACGACGAACUACCGAUUACUCUAGACGAAUGGAAAACAUUUUGCGCAAAUCUCUCUACCGAUAAUCGAACAAUCACCCUUGAAAUGUUUCGUCAAUCGAAUAAUGUCAGCAAUUCGAUUGAAACAUUGUCUAAAUUGCUUGGAAACCCAGAUACUGAUUCUUACCACUAUUCACUUUUUUAUAAUUUAGCGUCGUUUUACAGUUCAUUCUCAUGUGAUGAUACUAUUGGUACUCAAAUCUUUGCCGGAAUCAAUUCGACUGAUAUUAUGGACGAAGCCUAUACAAUGCAAUGCUAUGCAAAUCAAUUUUGGGCAUUGUAUACACAAUGUUCUGUUGAUGAUAGUCAUCGACAAUCAAUUCGUUUCGUGUAUCGAUGCAUUAGCGAAGAUCCAGCAAUAUCGACGGAUGUGCGUAAGUUUAUCGAAUUCAUUCAUGACUCGUUAAAUGCGAAAACAGCGAAUGAUAUCAUAAAACAACUAUCUGCAAUAAUACCUAAAGAUGAUGCGAUGUCUGAAUUGCUUACAAUACAAAUUGGCCUGAGGAAUACAGUAGAGUGGCCGUUACUGUUUGCGCUUGUUUCUGAUCGAGUUCGAGAGAUUGUAAUUCGAUUAAUCAAUGAAGACUUUCAGGCAUUGUUGGAUCUAAAUUUCAAUUUAAUUGAUCAAGAAUCAUCGAACUUUUGGAAACGAGCAAUUAUGGAGAUGACUAAAACUGCACACAAUAAGUGGAAUGUGUUGACAUUAAAUGAAAGAACCAAUUGUCUUGUACCAUUUUUCACUGACUACCCUGAUUUCGUUCUCAUUAUAGUUGAGUUAUCCAAGCAACAACAACCUCAACUCAACCAUCUUUUAUCAGUCACAAAAAUAAUUUUCAAACGUGUUGAUCCAUCUCAAGAUUUCUAUAAUAUUGAAUCUUCUUUUCAAGCGAGAACACAGCAUGAAAUUACAGACAAACUUAGAAUUUUUUCUCAUCUAUGGACUAUACGUUCCGACCUUGCUUUAUCUAUUUUACAAUUGAGAAGAUCUAUCAUCAACGAUUCGACUGAUGGACGAAUACGUUCCAAUCAAAUCGAUAAAUUCUGCGAAAUACUUGGACAACUUGCCAAACUCGAUGCUCAUCAAUGGAAAAAAGUUCAAUUAAGUAUUAUAUCGGCAUGGUCUCUUCUGUGUACGGUAACCGAGAACGAAACACGACUAUCGGAUGUUGUCGAUAGAAUUCUUCAUCUUCUUCAUAUACUUGAUAUCGAUAAACAAUGGUCAUCGGUUCGAGAUGCUUAUAAGCAAUUCUGUUCUCGACCAUCAUGGACAACUGCACAGCAUUUGACAGAUGUAAUCAAUGCUGAUCAUGAGAUCAACAAUCUUUUUAAAAAAAUCAGUACACAUACAGAUGAAGAGGACAUGGCAGCAGAUGUUUUUCGACUAUGUCGUUGUUUGUCGACUAGUGACGAGCAAACAUUGCUUGACAGUUGUAAAGCAGAUAUUCAAAAUCCAUCAUCCGUCAAAUUAUCAAAUAUCGAUUUAUUAAAACGAAUGGAAAAUUUUGCUUCGGGUCUUAUGAAGAAGAAAAUUCAAUUUUUCCUGCAAUCAAUUCAAAUAUUCGAACAGAUUCCAUCUAAUAACGUUAAUUUUAACGAAUGUUCACUAAAGACUCUUGUUCCAAUGUGGCAGACACUAUUCGACAUCACUUGCAGUCAUUCUUUACGAACUUUCGAAGCAGUAUCGUCUAUACUAAUAUCUUUUCACGGUCUGGUCAUUACAAAAGAAAUUCCAUUGAUUCAACAACUUUAUACAACAAAUAUGACUGCAGCGCUUUGUACAUUGGCCAAUUGCCGACUGUAUAAUCGUGAGAUGGCAACAUCUACAAUAACCACACCCAAUGUUCUAUCGAUUAUGUCAAUUAUUCGGACGAGUAUUUGUAAUCGGGAUUCAUCGCCUUCUACAACACCAAUGAUCAAAACGACUGAUGCAGUUACAAUGCCAUGGGAUACUGAUGAUUCUGUAAGACCAUCUAAGAUAAUCGUAACACGAGUAUCACCCUAUUCGAACAGCACUUUGGAGAAAAUGCAAGUUUCAGUUGAGGGGUACAUCAAUCGAGGACAACUAUCGACGGUUCAAUUGAAAGAGUCGGAUACAGUUCAAGUCGUUGUCGAUACUACGUUUGCUUACCGACUACAAGUCGCUCAAUGGUACGAUGCUUUUGUGACAUUCAAUGUUCUUGUGAGCGAUUCAUCCUAUCGUAACCAAACAAGUUUGACCAUAUAUGGUUGCCGUAUUAUCGAAUAUGGCUUACGAUUGUUACGUGAUCUUGUUGUAAUCAGAAUGAUUCUUGAACCGACAUUUACUCGAGUAGGUGUCCGUUUUCUUUUGAAUGAUUUGGUACGUCUGGAAAAUUGUCUUCGUUCAUUGUCACUCGAAAAGUAUCCAAAAUUGAAAAAUAUUCUUUGUGUACUUCAUGUCGAUAUUCGUCGACCUAAGCUUGACUUAAAAUCACCAUCACGUUCACUCACACUGAAAGGCAACUCAGUGCGAAAGUUGAAAUUCGAUCUUGAUGCACAUACAAUAACAACCUCUUUACAAAUUUCUCAGCGAUCAAUGAAAACUUCACUACCAUUAGACGUCGAUCAAGACAAUGUUAAAUUAUCGAAUACUGAGUGGGAAAAUGCCAUUCAAUACGAAAUUCGUAAACGUACGAAUAUCAACAUGACAUCGGCGAACACCAGGUAUAGACCAAUACAUAAGCAUAGUCAAGUUGUCACGAGCAAUGUUCGAAGUCGUGUACAACGGUUAGCUAAUGACAUUCUAGAUCAACAUACGAACAUGCAUAAUCUUACAGGAAUCGGUGGAAAUAUUGAUGCUGUUGGAGAUUAUAUUGGAUCGAUAAAUACGUUCUCAAUGCCCGAGAUCAAUAUCGAACAACAAAUUAAUGUGAUGCGAAAUCAUUUGAAGAACGACAUUAAACUAAUUGACAUGUACAAAAUAGCCGGUCAAAAGAUCGCCAUGAUUACGCCCGAUGGUAAACUUGAUAAUCGACCGGUGCUUAAAUUGACUACUAAAUGCGAGCGAUGGACAUAUCAAAUGUUAGUAGAGACGGAGCCGAUCACCAGCAUGAUCGAGCUGAUGGUCAAAGGAUUUCGUUCAAGUUGGGAACAACUUAUUAAUCGAAGCAAUUCAAAUGAUCAACACGAAAUUCAUUGGUGCAUAAUGAUCGACAAUUCAGGUUCGAUGAGCAUUCAUCGCAAUGCCAUUUAUGAAAGUCUGGUUGUACUCAUGGAACUAUUGCGUAAACUUGAAAAUAAAUUUGCUGUGGCUCGUUUUGGUGGACGUACAAAUCAAAAAAUUUUGAAGAAUCUUAACGAUAUGUUUACAAAUCAAGACGGUCAAUAUAUUCUCGAAGCAUUGACAUUCGAUGAAGGUACAUAUCCAGCAACAGGUCUCGCACGUGUAGCUGAUCGAGUAUUCCCCGAAAGAAAAAUUAAGUCGCCUACAAAUAUUCACAUUCACCAAGUCGUGAUUAUGAUUACAGAUGGUUUAACAAAUGAACGUGAAGAUACAACUUAUUCAGGCACAAUGGUCAAGUACAACAUUGAUCUCGGUAUUUUGUUUAUUGAAACAGAUAUGGAAGCGACAAGCAAAUUGUUGCUUGAUUGUUUAAAAACAGUACAAAAUGUUAUUAUUAAAUCGAAUAAGAUGGUCGAAUUACCAUGCAUAAUGCCUCAAUUGUUAUAUAAAAUGAUUAACAAAUGUUUGCAAGAAACAAAUUCCAUAAAAAAAGAAACGAUCCUACCAUCAAUAAUUCACAUUGAAGUACCGAGCUAUGAUGGAGACACUCCAAUACCCAAUCAAUCAUCUAGCGAGAGUAUCAAAUAUUCAUGCGCCAAUCCAAGUUCAUACAUGAUCAGUAUUCCUAUAGCUAUCAUUCCAGGACUGUCCCAUGUAAGUUCUGUCAAUAUGGAUCCUUAA